UCACAUCACAGCAACCUCAUAAACUCUUAACUCUUUUGAUUCUUGCUAGCCACCUGAGCUUGCAUUGCUUUGUUUCAUUGUUUAGGGUGAUUGUUUGUUACAGACAUGGGUAGCUUUCAUUGUUUUCUUGCUAUCCUCGGCCUAGUGCUCUUGCCUGCACUAUGCACCUCUCAAGAUACAUUUACACGCUCCAGAGCAACCUAUUAUGGUAGCCCUGAUUGCUAUGGAAACCCAACUGGAGCUUGUGGUUAUGGAGAAUUUGGAAGGACCGUAAAUGAUGGUCAAGUAUCUGCAGUUGCUAGGCUCUACAGAAAUGGCACUGGCUGUGGUGGAUGUUACAAGGUUAGGUGCAUAUACCCUCCACAUUGCAGUAAUGAAGGGGUGAAUGUGGUGGUGACCGAUUAUGGCGAAGGAGACAGAACUGACUUCAUCUUCACCCCUAAAGCUUAUGGCAAGUUGGCAAACAGCCCAGCUUCAACUGAGAUUUUGUUUGCUUAUGGUGUGGUUGAUAUAGAAUUCAGAAGGAUCCCUUGCCAGUAUCCUACUCCCAACCUGGUCUUCAAGGUCCAUGAACAUAGCAAAGCUCCAUUAUACUUGGCUAUAGUGAUGCAAUAUGUAGCUGGCCAGAAUGAUAUCACAGCUGUUGAGUUGUGGCAGGAGGAUUGCAAAGAAUGGAGAGGCAUGCGUAGAGUAUUUGGAGCAGUAUGGGACACUCAAAGCCCACCUAGUGGUUCCAUUGACAUGAGGUUCCAAGUGAGUGGCAGCGCAGGGGUCAAAUGGGUGCAGGCACCCAAAGCCAUCCCUAGUGAUUGGAAGGCCGGGGCUGCCUAUACAUCAGACAUUCAGCUCACUUAGUUUAACUACUGCUACUUCAUUACCUGCAGCUAUAUAUAUAUAUAUAGUACUCCAUCUCUAUCUCACUGAGAUGAGCCUUUAUCCCCUUUAGGAUAGAAACUAAGUUUCCCAGUGACCACAUUCCAUGCUUAUAGUUAAUUGCUUGUUAUAUAUUGUUGUGAUGUAUGCUGUGUAUUAGGUGCAAGUGCAUUGCCUUGCCCAAGUAGUGGGAUUCUGUACUUUGGAUUGGUGAACUUGCAUCUAUAAUAUGAAUAAAGUUCCUUCCUUUUGGACCCUU